CAUCGACGGAAUAGAGCGAGACCGGACGUGAGAGAGAACGAGGCAGAUUCGUUCGCGUUCCGCCGAGGUGGUGCAGUUUUCCAGUGUCGCGUAGAGUGUAGUGUUUUUCUUCCUUUCCCCCGUUUCCGAGCAUCGAGUGUUGUGUACGUCACGGUGAGGCAAAGCAGACCUAUCCCCCAUGAUUAAGGAGUGCAUUUAGUGCAAGGACUGAACACACCUGGGAGCGAUUGAAAAGCACAUCCCACAGACCCCUCCAACUAAAAUCACUCGCCUAACCUUCCCCCUGCCCACCUUAUCCUGCCUCUUAUCCUUCCCCUCCCCCUUCAAAUCUCAAGAAGGUCUUUCUCUCUCUCUCUCUCUCUCUCUUUCUCUCUAUCUAUCUCUUUCUUUCUUUCUCUCUCUCUGUCUCUCUCUUUCUCUUUUUCUCUCUCUCUCUCUCUCUCUAUCUGAACCACAGGAAUCUGUGACUCCGUUAUGGACAGUAUGGAUUCGAAACCAGUUUUGAACGAUGACCCCUCGGUCACUCUGACCAUUCGCCUGAUUAUGCAAGGCAAGGAGGUCGGGAGCAUCAUUGGGAAGAAAGGAGAGAUCGUCAAAAGGUUCCGUGAAGAGUCUGGCGCGAAGAUCAACAUCUCCGACGGUUCGUGCCCGGAACGAAUAGUGACGGUGACCGGGCCGACGAACUCGAUCUUCAAAGCGUUCACCCUGAUCUGCAAAAAGUUCGAGGAAUGGUGUUCCCAGUUCCACGACAUCCAGGGGAGCGGUGGCGUGCCCAGGCCGCCCAUCACCCUCAGGCUGAUCGUGCCCGCGUCCCAGUGCGGCUCCCUGAUCGGCAAGGGUGGUUCCAAGAUCAAGGAGAUCCGCGAGGUGACCGGCGCCUCGAUCCAGGUCGCCUCCGACAUGCUGCCUAACUCGACGGAGCGUGCGGUCACCAUAUCGGGCACCAGCGAGGCCAUCACGCAGUGCAUAUAUCACAUCUGCUGUGUUAUGCUAGAGUCCCCUCCCAAAGGUGCCACGAUCCCUUAUCGCCCCAAACCCCAAGUUGGUGGGCCAGUGAUCCUGGCUGGUGGGCAAGCCUACACCAUCCAGGGUAAUUACGCGGUGCCCGCCCACUCGGACGUAAGUACAGUAUUGCCAUUGCCCGCGCCCGCUGCCGGGCCCACCCCGCCCUCGCUGAACACCCAAACUUUGACGACUUCGCCCUUCGCGGCCCACCCCUCAUCCUCGGCCUUCGCCGCUUCUCACGGGCAUCCGCUCCUAUCCACGGCCCACCUUACAACACCCCAUCAUCCCCUCCACCCGAGCCCCUUACACGCCAGCGUGGCAGGCCUCGCCGACCCCCUGCUGAAGAGUGGACACUUGCAGGCAGCCCUCCCGCCCGCACACCUCGUGGCAGACGCCAUGGGCAAACUUGGUAGCAAUCCGUUGGCUGGGCUCGCGGCUCUUGGCCUCGGAGGCCUUGCCACUCCUGCCAACACUGGUGGACUAAACCCUGCAGCAUUAGCAGCACUUGCUGGUAGUCAACUACGUACCAGCAAUACGAAUAGGCAACAACCAGCUGCAAACAAUCAGACGCACGAGAUGACCGUGCCAAACGAGCUGAUCGGUUGUAUCAUCGGCAAAGGUGGCACCAAGAUCGCUGAGAUUCGUCAAAUCUCCGGUGCCAUGAUCAGAAUCAGCAACUGCGAGGAAAGGGAGGGUGGCGCCACGGAUCGUACAAUCACCAUUACUGGAAAUCCGGACGCUGUGUCAUUGGCACAAUAUCUCAUCAGUAUGAGGAUAUCACAAGAAACGACGGGACUCUCGAUACCCGCGUACCACUUCAUCCCACCGGACCACAUCGUUAAGUCGCCGAUCCACUAAAAGUGGUGAGACACAUACGUAUGUCGUUGUCGUCGUCGAAAGGACGCGGGGCGUCACGACGCACGCGAAGCUGUCAAUGGCAUCUGGGGCUGGGCCACGCACUGUGUUCAACCAGCUUGCUAAUCGACACACAUAUUUUUCAACACAUACAUACACACACACACACGUACACAUCACAUAUAUACUCAAGUUUAAUACAUAUGUACACGAUAUGUAACCACAUAUACAUGAUAAUUAUACACUUGAUCAAGAAGAAACAUUAAUAUACUUACACAUACGCAUACACAACAUACACGAUAAAGAACAAAAGGUGAACAAAAAUGGAACACAUCAACGAUGGAGGAAAAGGAAAACUACACACAUCAUGCAUACACAAUUAAUAUACGAAUGAUACACGUACAUCUGCAAAUAUACAAGUAUAUACAUAUACAUGUUAUAAAAAUGGUUAAACCAGAGGGAAGUACGCGUGGAUACACGUUACGAAUUUAAAUACAUAUUGUACGCAUACACACGUAUACACACAGAGGUAUAGCAUACAUACAUACAAACAUAUACAUAUAUAUAUAUAUAUAUACACGUGAGAAUAUUGUGCGCGCUCUCGAUAAGAGAAUCACAGAGGUGUACAUAAGUGGCGAGUAUGCAGGGAGAAAAGGGAUUAAAUCGAGCACGCGCUUAAUAAUAAUAAUUAUAAAAAGAAAAAAAAAUUAAGAAAAAAAAUACAUGCAAGUAGAGAUGAAGAAGACACGCAUGUGCGUACACGAAUAUAUUAUAUAUAUAUAUAUAUACUCAAGUGUACAAAAAUGUACAAAAGAUAUUUAAACAAACAAACAAACAAAAAAAAAAAAGAAGAAACAAAUAAUAACGAUGCACGCCGCAGCCCGUUAUACAUACACAGUGGCUGCUGCCGAUUGGUAAAGGGAACAAGCCAAAGAUAUGUUAGUUUUCAUUUUUAUAUUUAAAAAAACGAGAGAAAAAAAACAAAAUGAAAAUACGAGAAGAGGCGGAAGAAAAAUACUACAACGGCCGAAAAUUUUCGAUCACUUCAUAUUUCAAUGAUUGGAUUUUUGUUUUCAUGGAUUAAAUUUUGCGUAUUAAAUGCUAUUUCUGAAAGAGCAUAUACGAAAUUAUAUAGCGCCAUAUUUAUCAUAUAAAUAUCUGAAUUUUUUUUUUUAAAUUUAUUAAUGCUUAAUUAUUUACUUUCAUUUAAUUAUUUAAUUAAUUACAUUUAAUUUAACAUUAUUCUAUUAGAUAUUUAGUCUUUAACAAUUAUUUCAAAGAUUUAAUUUUUUUCAUUUAAAUUAAGUACUUUGCUUAAAUAAAGUAAGCAAAGUAAUUUUUAAACUAUUAUUUGUAAUUUAAUAUAUGAAUUUAUUAAGAAUAAUCUAAUACUAUUAUUAAUGGAAUUUUUUAUAAAAAAAAAAAAAACUGAUAAAGCUUCAAAAAUAUAAAAUAUGACGUUAUACAAUUCAUGGUAUCAAGUGGAAACAGAAAUUCAAUGAAAAAAAAGAUGAUCUUAUAUUUUCGGCCAGCAUAGUACGAAAAAAUUAUUAUUAUAAUUAUUAUUAAUCAUGAAUGUAUGAAAAAAGACGCUGAAUAACUAUAUAAUAUUAGGUCGAUUGUUAGCAUUUUUUCUAUUGCUGGCUAUUUUAAGGAAUGGAGACUGAUGGGAUUCUUUUCACCCAUUUAGCUAAUUUAAAACCACCCCAAUGGUGGAUAAUGACCCCUCUUUGGACAUUGAAAUCUCCAGUAUGAAAAUAUCCAGCAGAACUUAGAUUUCCAAUUUAGUAGAAUUUUCUCUAUUAUUAAUAUUUUUAUUUUUUUGGAUAAAGAAAUCUUUCAAUAAAUUCUUUUAGAAUCAUUAAUAAA